ACUAACAAGAUGGGAUAUCUAAAAUUCGUUACUAUUACAGUGGGUGUCGCUAUUCUUGCUAUACUGGUCUCAUUUUACAUAGUCAAAGAAGGUCCGAACAUUCAGGUAUCUGUCUCAAAUGAAAAAGAGACAGUGAUGCAAAAGAUCAAGGACGGUCUUUACCAUGUUAAGGUGAACCAAAUGGAUGCUUCACUUAUUGAACAACAACUCGAUAAGUUCAACGUUUGGGAAGAAGGGGCCGAGUUUGUACACAUGAGGAAAGUCAAAAUAGAGCAAUUUCCAGACCUGCUUGAUCACCUUGCAGAAAAUUACAGAGACAGUGGAAUAACAUCGGAUGACCGACGCAAAUGGGGAGGCGCUUAUCUUGCAGAGGAAUGGACGUCCAAAAUUAUUGAAUGGAAGUUCAACACUGAGAAAGCUGGGUCCACGGGUGUCCAAGGAGCCCGCUAUGGAAUAGUGGCUUUUGCAAAGUCAUCAGAUGGAAAAUAUGUGGACUGUAUGCUCACAAUUUACAAAUUGGACUUUAAAUUGGCACCAACGUUACUUUUGAAUAACCAUGCGAUUCUCUGGGGGCUGUACAAGUGGUCGACUACUGAGAAGGUAGAAAUUGACAGAAGCAUCAGCAAAGAUGAAAUCACAAGAUUCCAAAACUUUUUCCGAUACAAAGCCCUAAAGGAGUUCAAAAAGGAAGGAAUUAUUGACAGAAUUCCAAACACCCAUCGAUUAGAAUAAAACCUAGUAAAGAAACUUUA